CGCUAUGUCAUCGGUAGCUCCAUCUGGUAAGUCCUCGACUGCUCCAUCUGGUAAGUCCUCCACUGCUCCAUCUGGUUCAUCAUCCGCUAAAUCAUCGGCUGUUUCAUCUGGUUCAUCAUCCGCUAAAUCAUCGGCUGUUCCAUCUGGUUCAUCAUCCGCUAUGUCAUCGAUUGCUUUAUCUGGUAAGUCCUCGACUGCUCCAUCUGGUUCAUCAUCCGCUAUUUCAUCGGCUGUUUCAUCUGGUUCAUCAUCCGCUAAAUCAUCGACUGCUCCAUCUGGUUCAUCAUCCGCUAAAUCAUCGGCUGUUCCAUCUGGUUCAUCGUCCGCUAUGUCAUCGGUAGCUCCAUCUGGGAAGUCCUCCACUGCUCCAUCUGGUUCAUCAUCCGCUAUGUCAUCGGCUGCUCCAUCUGGUUUAUCAUCCGCUAAAUCAUCGGCUGUUCCAUCUGGUUCAUCAUCCACUUUGCUUUCCGGUUCUAUAUCGAUUGUUACCUCUGGUUUCUCAUUAAGUAAACCAGCUACUACUUCCGGUUCCUCUGCUUCACCAACUAUUAAACCAUCAGAGUCUACUAUGACUUUAUCAUCGAUCGCACCAUCAACUUCUGAGACCAGAAUUCCAGGCUCCACCGCAUCAGGCUCUACUUCGUUGGCCACCGGUGCCAUUUCUGGCUCGUCGACUUCUGAGACCAGAAUUCCAGGCUCCACCACAUCAGACUCUACUUCGUCGGCUACCGGUACUGUUUCUGGCUCGUCGACUUCUGAGACCAGAAUUCCAGGCUCCACCGCAUCAGGCUCUACUUCGUCGGCCACCGGUACUGUUUCUGGCUCGUCGACUUCUGAGACCAGAAUUCCAGGCUCCACCGCAUCAGGCUCUACUUCGUCGGCCACCGGUACUGUUUCUGGCUCGUCGACUUCUGAGACCAGAGAUACUGUGUCUGGCUCAUCUGCUCCACCAACCAUCAAACCACUUAAAUCAUCAUUAACCAUUUUAUCAUCCACCCAAGCAACUCCUGAGAGUAUUUUCUCUGGUCCAUAUGGAAAUUUCAGUACAAUGACUACAGCAACCCCAUUGACUCCCUUGACAGCUAUUUCUGCCACACCAGUUUCCUCGUCCUUGCCAUCUACUCAUACAGCAGCGCCAACAGCUGGCACUUUUGAGGUAACAAUACCUUCAAAAUCUAGCACUUUGAGAACGGAAUCCAGCUCCACAACUCAAGAAAGCGCCAUUACAUCUGGCACUACUUUGGUAACAGCACCUACUAGCGUAGGAACGGUUGAGGCUUCAACUGCCAGGAAUGCAAAUGCCACUACGAUGAAAACUUCUACCAGAAACCCGAGUACUUCAGGUUCUGCCACGUACAAUGGCUCCAGAGGAACUUCGUCCGGCACCGGCCAAACUAGCAGUGCAACUGUCAGCUACUUCAACGCCUCUCCAAAGCUUUCCGUCGGUAACGGCUGGUUGAGUUUCGUUGUCAUUUUGUCAACGAUUUUCUUCUUCUAGUUAACGAAAAAAGUCUUUCGUUCAACCUACAAUUCUCUCAUUUUUUCUCUUCUCUCGCUUUUUCUUCUAUCUUUCCGCUAUCUACAAUUCCCUUCGUCCUAUUUAUACCAGUCCAUUACGAGCGGUUCCUCGGUAAAGGAUCUUUUGAUACCAACACGUUUUUGUGACACUUAUAUACAUUUCUAUAAUAUAAUUCAAUUUGCCA